AUGGCGACCAAAACUUUCAAGCUUCUCUGCUUGGAAAAUCCCCUGCUCGACAUCCAGGGCGUAGGCGACCAUGCCAUGCUGGAGCGAUACGGCCUCAAACUUGACGACACUCUCCUCGCCGAACCCCACCAGAUGGGCCUCUACGACGACCUGAUCAGGAACCGCGGUGCCAAACUUAUCCCUGGUGGAGCUGCUCAAAAUACCGCAAGAGGUGCACAGUACAUGCUCCCUCCGGACUCAGUGUGGUACAUUGGCUGCGUUGGAGACGACGAGUAUGCAAAGAUCCUCAGGGAGAAGUGUGCGGAACAGGGCCUCCAUGUUGAAUAUCGCGUCGACCCGUCUACACCGACAGGAAAAUGCGGUGUCAUCAUCACCGACCACCACCGAACCAUGUGCACACAUCUCGCAGCUGCCAAUGAAUACAAACUUGAGCACCUUCUCCAACCGCACAUCUGGUCCAUGGUUGAAGCCACUUCGGUCUUCUACGUGGGCGGCUAUCACUUGACCGUUUGCCCACCCGCCGCAAUGGCACUUGCAAAACACGCCGCCGAGGCCAACAAAAUCUUCAUGCUAUCCCUCUCCGCCGGUUUCAUCCCACAAUUCUUCAAGGAUCCGUUGGCCGAGAUCUUGCCUUAUUGCGACUUCGUGUUUGGAAACGAGAACGAGGCAAAGACGUGGGCAGAGUCCCAAGGCCGAUCUGAAAUUUCCAUGCAAGAAUGCUCCAAAUUGAUGGCGAAGGCACCCAAGGUGAAUACCAAGAGACCGAGAGUCGUCAUCGUCACUCAAGGCACAGAUCCAACUAUCGUGGCAGUAGCGGAAGAAGGCAAGGAAGUUGAGAUCAAAGAGUACCCCGUGGCGGCUAUUGACAAGAAUCUCAUCAACGAUACAAACGGUGCUGGUGAUGCCUUCGCCGGCGGUGUCUGUGCAGGUGUUGUAGAAGGCGAUCCAUUGGAAACCUGUAUCAGCAAAGGACAUUGGUUGGCAAGGCUUGGUUUACAGGAAUUGGGUCCUUCGUAA